AUGGACGUCCAGGCAUUUGGUCACGAUGAGAGUACCCCGCACAAGGAAACGGUCUCAGCGGUACUAGACAUUCCCUCCAGCAACUUCCCCAUCGCGAUUUUCUACCGCACACCAAUUGCCCUAAGGCAACAGAAGUUACAACACAACCGUCCCGUUUAUCAGACUGGGGUGUUUCAAUCGCAAAGACAACAGCCAACCAAGAAAAACCCCAGCAGAAUAUGUGCUGGCACGAUUCAGGAUCUCAGACAUGUCUGUGCCCUACAGGGAAGGCCGGGACGAACAUAUGAAGCUGAAAGUAAAUGGCUGGUCAAUCGGUACGCCGAUAAUAACUCUGGACUGUAA